CAGAAACAGCGAGCGAGCGCAAAAACGAAUAGGACGCCCGCCCUCAGAGAGCAGCUAUAGCGAACGAAGCAAGGAUGGGGAAGAAAGUGAAGAAAGAAGCUGAGAUCCCUUCUAAAGAUGUGUUUGACCCCAUAUCAAUUGAGAGCAAGAAGGCGGACACUGUGGUGCUAAUGCUGAACUCAGCAGAAGAGGAGGUCUUGACCAAAGCCUGUGAGGCCAUUCACAAAUAUGCAGAAAAGGGUGAUGAGAGUAAGGGAACCCUGGUGAGUCUUGGCGUGCUGGAACCCCUGUCCCGUCUCAUCUGUCACGAAGACAAGUUGGUGCGUCGGAACGCCUUCAUGGCUUUGGGGGUACUGGCUUGCAAUGAUGAUGUAAAAAAACAACUCAAGAAAAUGGACAUCAUACCGUCAAUUAUAAGCAAAUUAUCACCUGAUGAGGAUGUUUUAAUUCAUGAAUUCGCCACAUUGUGUCUGGCGUCCUUGUCCAUCGAGUUUACCAACAAGGUCCACAUCUUUGACAAUGAUGGCUUAGACCCACUGAUCCAUCUGCUCUCCAGCCCUGAUCCUGAUGUUCAGAAGAAUUCUGCAGAGUGCAUCUACAACCUCGUUCAGGACCUCCAGUGCAGGGUGGCUGUGUGCAAGAUGGAUGGCAUUCCACCACUCCUGGAGCUGGUGCACUCUGAAUUCCCAGUCAUCCAGCAGCUGGCCCUGCGCACGCUGGACAGCAUCACCCUGGAGGCUGAGGCAUGGGACGCUUUCCGCGAAGAGCAAGGCCUGCCCCGCCUGCUGGACUUCCUGGCAGCCAAAGAGUUCAAUGACUUGCACGUGGAAGCGCUGCAUGUGCUCUCUAACUGCCUGGAUGACCCCAGCACCAUGCAGCUCUUUCGGGAUGCCGGUGGGGUAAACAGACUUCUUCAGUUCAUGACUGCUGCCACUCUACCCGAAGUGCAGAUGAGCACAGCCAAAGUCAUCUCCAAAGUGGCACAAAGCAGUGAAGACAGGAAACUCCUUCAUGAGCAUGGAGUAGAGAAAGUUCUGAUUCAUCUGCUGGCCACCGACCACGAUGGCCUGCGGACUGCAGUGUGCCAGGCUGUGGCUGCUAUGAGUGAGAACCUGGCCAGCAGAGACACGGUUAGAGAUCUGGAAGGGAUCGAGGCUGUUGUCCAGCUGCUAUCCAGUGAGAGUGGGGAGGUGAGAAUGGCAGCUACCUUUGCCUUGUCACGCCUCACCUGUGGCAGUCAGCUCAACACCCAUGCGGUGUAUGAGGCACAGGGCAAUGAGCCCCUGUUGCAGCUGAUACAGCGUGGCAAGGCUGAGGAAGUAGUUCAUGCUGCGGCUGUCAUCACCAACAUGGCAGCCCACGAGCGCCUGCGUGCCGACAUCCUGGUCCACGGCGGCAUGCAGUCCUUUGCCGGGCUCCUGCAGUCCGCCGAUCCGUGCGUGCUGGCCGCAGCAUCCCUGGCUGUGGCGGCUCUGGCCUGCGAUUCUGAUGGCAGGACACAAUUCCGGAAUACGGGAGGACUAGUGUCUCUGGUCAAGCUGCUGAGCUCCAACAGCACCGAGGUCCGUCGCAAUGCAUGCUGGGCUGCUCGUGUCUGUGCCAACGACGAGCUGACAGCCACAGAGAUGUGCAAGCUGGGUGCCCUGGAAAUUCUGCAAGACAUCAACCUGUCAACAAACCGGCGCAACAAGUUCAGCCAGGCAGCAUUUCAGCAGUUGCUGGACAGCAACCUUUCGGUUAAAUACAGCCUGACUGGGUACCUCUCCUGCACAAACAUCACCAAGGAUGGCUUCUAUGACCCUGGACAGGUGAAGAUGGGCCACCGAGUUCUCCUCCUGGAGGAGUUCUCCAAACAGCCAGUCCACCAGCAUCGGCCUGUCAUCGCUGUUAAUGGAAAACCACAUGAAUUAGAGUCGUCAGAGCUUACCGAUGACAAACACCACGACAGCCCCAGUGUUAUCCGCUCCUCAUCCGUCAUGAGCAAAUGCAGUGGGAAAACACCGAGCAAAGGGAGAGGCAAAGGUCGGAAGGAAGAUGAGAAGCAAAAGGAUGAGGAUGACAGCAAGUCCCAACAGCAGGAGAUAGCAGCAGUGGAGAAGCCGUUUGUCCUGCCAUAUGAUGCAACGUUUCAUGACCUGGCCAUCAAGGCCACCGCAUGCGUGUUACCCCUGCGUGACGAGAGGGAGCAGCAUGCUGCAUUGGCUACUCUUGUGAGUGAAGCCAUGGGGGGUGCUGUGGACCGGGACAAUCUGCACGAAUUCUCAUGGGAGUUGCAGCUGAGUGAGUUGAAGUUCGAGGUUCAGUCCAACAUCAUUCCCAUUGGAAAGAUCAAAAAGGGCACCUUCUACCACAGGGCCCUACUCUACAAGACACUAGCAGACAGGAUUGGGUUAAGCUGCAGCUUGGUGCGGGGAGAGUACAAUCGGGCCUGGAAUGAAGUCCGACUCAUCGAGGGCCCCUCUAAGACGCCCGAGUACUACAUACUGGACCUGAUGCACAGCCCAGGCCUCCUCCUGAAGAGCAAUUCACCAGAAGCUGUUCAGUAUCAGACCAUCUGACAAUGUGUGCAAUAUACACACAUGACCACAGAAAAUGUGUCAUCAUCAUAUUUUGU